GUGACGAAACUAGCCCUGGAAAGAGACCAUUAUUACAAUCCUUUCCACGUAACGGCUAGUUUUGGUGAUUGUUCCUUCAUCUUGUCUGAGCUAGAAGACACAGGCACCAAAUUAGACACUACUCUUUCUCUCUCACUCUCUCUAUUCCUCUUUUUUCUCUCUUGUGAAACUCUAAUUUUCUGAUCAUUUUAGUGUAAAUGGAGGCAUUCGAGCAUAUUACAAUGGACGAGUUUACCGAAGAAGACUUCUAUGAGACGAUAGAAGCUCCCAAGUUUGUAGACCUCACCGCACCAGAUCAUCGCCCUGAAGGAGAUGAUCGUUACUGGUUCUGUUCUAGAGUUGGAUGUGAUCAAAAGCAUGAAGAGUUUAUGGAUUCGGAAGCAAUCUACAAAAAAUUCGUUCUUCGGGUUAUGGCAGCUAGGAGUCCAAGUGUUCGUCUUCGAAAAGCUCUUUACAGAAAGGAUUUCAGUGUUGAUCCUAAAUGUCCCAAUACGGUUCCUGCAAAACCCUCGAGAUCACGCGUUUCUAGAUUGGCUAUGAUCUCAUCAAUUCCUCAGAAGGGUAAUGGUAAUAUCAGGUCAAAAGAAGCAAAAGUAAUUUCCACUAACAAGAAUGUAACUCCAAAGGCAAAGGUGUCAUCAGUUCCUCAAAAGGCAUUAACAGAGAGAAAGAAACAAAUGCAAAGUCCAGCAGCUUUUAGGAGUGUACAGAAUCCGAGAAAUGCAACAAUCAAGGUGUCGGAAAACAGAGUUGUUGCAAAGGCUUUGGUGUUUCAAUCUCCAAAGAAGUUGGUGAAACUGAAGAGAUCUGUGGAGCUUAGUUCCUCCGUGAAGAAGUUGUGUAAUGGGAUGAGGAAGCUUGAGAUUAGUAACAAAAGAAACGGUUUAGGGGUUAAUCAUAAGGUUGUGAGUUCAGUUCCACCUCGAAGGCCGCUAAAAACACGAGAGGUGAAGAGCCGAGUGUUUGAUUCUGUGCGGUCACAGAAACAGAACGAUGCGAAAACCAAAGAUGUCAGUACUUUGAAGAAGAGGGUUAAGAAAAAGGAAGAGCCUGUGCUUUCCACUGAUCAUUCUAAAGCUCAUGAAGCUAAUGGAAUAGAACUUGAGAAUCAAUCUUUGCCAAGGACUAGAAAAACUAACGGAGAUGAAGAGCUCUUGGUUGAAAACAAAUCUGAAGAAUUGUCAGACACAUUGAAGGCUAACAUGAACAACCAACUCCAAGACAGAGAAGAUCCUGCUGUAAUAAAGGAGAGUGGACUGGCUACAUCAAAGCAAUAUCAAAUAGCAGAGAUUGAAGAAAAAGAGUCGGCAUUAGCUUUGGAGUGCGAAGACAAAGAGAAUGCUACUAUUGCAGUGGCCAUCAAUAGAGAAGAUAUUUCUGAAAUAAAGGUGACUGGACUGGAUAAAGCAAAACAAUGUGAGACUGUGGAGAUUGAAGACAAGGAAAAUGCAUUACCAUUGGAGUGUGAGAACAAAGAAAAUGUUCCUAAUGUGACGGAUGAUGAUAGAGAAGGCAACGAUAAGGAAAAUUCUUCAGCAGUGGACAAUAACAGAAAAGUCGACCAAGCCACCUACCCUUUGUUGAAAAAGAAAGUCUUUGGCAAGAAAGAAAUUUGGAAAACUACUCAAAAGGUUAUGACACCAGCAGAUAAAUAUUUCAAUAGCAAGAUUGUUUCGUCUGGUACUCGUGUGAAGUAUACAAAACCUAAGCUCACCAACCCAAAGCCUUUUCGACUUCGAACUGAUGAAAGACGAAUUCUCAAGGAAGCAAACACGGAUAAGAAACCAGAGUGUACUCUAGCCAAAGAAGAAACUGCAAACAUUAUGGGGUUCCAUGGUGAAAACUUGGGUCCAAAACAUCAGCCAGUUCGAUUGGAGAAGAACACAACUUCCCGGUUGAAAGCUUCAAGAGGGGCCUCCACUACUCCUGUCUCUGAAAAUAUGAUUAACUGCAAGAGGGUUGUAUUAGGUAGAAAGAAGCAAGUGGCAAGUAAAGGAACUGAAACCGUGGCAGAAAAUAAAACGAUGAAUGGAGAAUCUAAGGAAGUUGCAACCAUCAAACCUUCUGUUUGUGUUGCUUCAGGGGAGAAAAGACCUGCAACUGUUCCAAAGGGACCAAACUUCCAUAGCAUUCACCUCCCCAAGAGCUGUACAAAAAGAGUGGCAUCACAAGUAUAAGAUCGAUUGUCAAUGAUAACUUUGGUUUCAAUACACACGAGAGUCAUGUAACUUUGGUUCAUAUUUGAGAAGUGACACCAGUGAGAUUGUUUUAGUGUGUAUAAACACGUUCUUGUAGUCACUUUUUGAGAUUUAUCAACACGAAAAGUAGUA